AUGUCGUCUGACGACUCAGAGCUCUACCUCGAAGAAGAGGAGGAAGAAGAAGACGGAGACUACGAACUCUUUGAAGAGAAAACCAGUUACACAUCCUCUACAAUGCCACAAUCUUGCUGCUCUCGUGGAAUCUCGACGGAGACAAUCGUAUUCACGAGAAAAAAACUAACUUGGAUAAGAAGGAACAAAGCUUUCUGGUCCUGUCUGACUCGUCCGAGUUGA